UAUAAUAGCUAUUGCCUAUUAGCCUCACGCAGCGGCAGCAGGCUGCACACAGUACUACAGUACGCUCAACGUUCUCAGUUCCGUCGUCACAUUUUGUUCUUUCUACCGCUUUCGGUUGCUCUCCAAAUUCCUAACGACGCCUCUUCGGUACAGACAACACAGCCGCCCACUGGUGCAAUGGCCAACCCUAAAGUGUUUUUCGACAUGACCGUUGAUGGACAACCGGCCGGCAGGAUCAUCAUCGAAGUAAGUAGUAAMAGCGUCGGUACACGACUACAUUCAACAAAUAAAUGUAUUUCAGGUAUCUUGUCAAUGGCCAAUGCUGGAGCCAAUACAAAUGGUAGUCAAUUUUUCAUCACCACUGUAAAGACAUCCUGGUUGGACACCAAACAUGUUGUUUUUGGUGCUAUUGUUGAUGGUAUGGAUGUUGUCAAGAAAAUCGAGUCCUAUGGUACUCAGAGUGGUAAAACUACCAAAAAGAUCAUUGUCGCUAAUUGUGGACAACUAAGUUAAUUUUUUGUUUUCCAUUUAAAUGUAAAACCUACAAAUAACUUCAAACAAUAAUUAAUGUCAAAUAUGUGGUCUACUUAAAAGUUUGAUGCAUUUAUGUCUGUGGUGUUCUGGAUACACAAAUUGAUAAUACAUUCUUAAUAGUUAAUACUAUA